AUGGAAGGGGUCAGUGAGGGCAACUAUAGUGGCAAGCCUCGUCGAUAUGAAGACGAGGAUAUCACACCAACGAGCGAUCGUGAGUUGAAAGGCUGGUACUCGUACGGCCUGGCUGCCGAAAUAUUCGCCGUGGCUGGGGUUGGUUCAUUUCUUCCGGUCACACUCGAGCAGUUGGCAAAAGAAAGAGGUGUUCUACGAUCCGAUCAUGUUACUCCAUGUGUGAAGUCAAAGUCCGCUGCGGCUGAAACUCAACACCUACUCUUGCGAGCUGUCACUCGUGCUGCUACCGAGAAGAAUGAGGCCCAAUGUGUGGUGCAGCCCUUUGGAAAGGACAUCUCGACAGCGUCGUUUGCCAUGUACACAUUCUCGAUUGCUGUUCUCGUACAAGCGAUAGUACUCAUAUCCUUCAGCUCUUUCGCUGAUCAUGGGACAUAUCGCAAGAAGCUACUGCUUGCAUUUGGAUGUAUAGGGUCUGUCUCAAGCAUGUUGUUCAUCGUGGUCACUCCCAGCAUAUAUCUACUAGGAUCUGUCCUAGUCGUUCUGGGUGUGGCGUCCCUUGGCUCCUCAUUCGUGUUGUUGAACUCUUUCCUACCACUGUUGGCCAGCAACCAUCCGUCUGUCAUCUCUGCAGAAGAACAGUCAGGAUUGCCCUCAGCAUCUGUCAGCAUGGUGGAACCUGACGGGUCUUACUCGGCAGCACCUGAAGGGCAAGACGGCAAGCAAACUUCACCAGCACUGGCCCUUUCCAACAAGAUUUCUGCCAAAGGCGUAGGUCUUGGCUAUAUGGCCGCGGUUCUUGUGCAAAUUGUGAGUAUCGGGAUGCUCUUCGGUCUCGGGAAGGUCAACUUCUCGUCGCAGUCGAUACCUCUUCGACUUGUCCUCUUCUUAGUGGGCGUAUGUUGGGCUAUUGGUACCAUACCUGGUGCUCUAUGGCUGCGCGACCGUCCUGGUCCCCCUCUCAAAAAUUUCGGCGCGCGUCGUGGCAAGCUGGGUCAGAUCCUCGCAUACUUUGUCUUUGCAUGGUCAUCCGUUUGGCAAACUGUCAAGCAGGCCGUGAAGCUGCGUCAAACCGUCAUUUUCUUGAUUGCAUGGUUCUUACUGUCGGAUUCGAUAGCCACUGUUUCAGGCACUGCUAUCCUAUUCGCGAGAACUGAGCUCAAGAUGAGCACUGUGCAGAUCGCCAUGCUUUCCAUCACAGCCACGUCCUCCGGUAUUGCUGGAGCAUUUACCUGGCCGAUUAUCUCGCGCCGCUAUCGCUUGGACACCCAGCAGACCAUCAUCGGUUGCGUCCUGCUCAUGGAGAUUAUUCCCAUCUAUGGUCUCAUCGGAUAUCUGCCGUUCGUUCAGUCCUGGGGCUUUGGAGGUCUACAAAAAGCGUGGGAGAUCUACCCUCUAGGUGUGGUGCACGGCUUCGUCAUGGGUGGUCUAUCGUCUUACUGUCGCUCCUUCUACGGUCUUCUCGUACCGCCGGGCAGCGAAGCGGCUUUCUACGCCCUUUAUGCAAUCACUGACAAAGGUAGCUCGGCCAUUGGGCCUGCUAUAGUGGGAAUGAUUGUCGAUGUUGCUGGCACAAUCAGACCAGCUUUUGCUUUCUUGGCUAUCUUGAUCGCUUUACCGAUUCCUCUUAUCUACAUAAUCGAUACUGAGAAGGGUAGAGCUGACGCUCUGGCUAUGGCUGGUGUCAGAGGCAAGCCUACUAGUUACGACACCGAUGUCAGGGAACGCGAUAGUUAUGACGAGGACGCGCAACCGUUCUUGGCUCAACAUGACCGUAACGACUAA